AGCUUUAGAAGAAGUAGAAGGAGAUGUGACAGAACUGGAACUGAAACUUGACAAGCUGGUGAAGCUUUGUAUUGCGAUGAUUGAUACUGGGAAAGCAUUCUGUACAGCCAACAAGCAGUUCAUGAAUGGAAUUCGAGACCUCGCACAAUAUUCCUGUAAAGAUGCAUUGGUUGAAACCAGCUUGACAAAGUUCUCUGACACCUUACAGGAAAUGAUCAAUUAUCACAAUAUCCUGUUUGACCAAACCCAAAGAUCAAUUAAAGCACAGCUUCAGACUUUCGUUAAAGAAGAUAUUAGGAAAUUUAAAGAUGCAAAGAAACAGUUUGAAAAAGUUAGUGAAGAAAAAGAGAAUGCUCUAGUUAAAAAUGCCCAAGUUCAAAGAAAUAAGCAACACGAAGUAGAGGAAGCAACCAAUAUUUUGACUGCAACACGGAAAUGUUUUAGACACAUAGCUCUGGAUUAUGUUCUUCAGAUCAACGUUCUUCAGUCUAAAAGGAGAGCAGAAAUCUUAAAAUCAAUGUUAUCAUUUAUGUAUGCCCAUCUGGUUUUUUUCCAUCAAGGCUAUGAUCUUUUUAGUGAACUUGAGCCGUACAUGAAAGAUCUUGGUGCACAGCUGGAUCAGUUGGCUGUAGAUGCUGCAAAGGAGAAGAGAGAUAUGGAGCAAAAGCACUCCACUAUUCAACAAAAGGAUUAUUCUAGUGAUGAUACUAAACUAGAAUACAACGUAGAUGCAGCCAAUGGUAUUGUUAUGGAAGGUUAUCUAUUUAAGCGAGCCAGCAAUGCCUUCAAGACUUGGAACAGGAAAAAGCCAGAUCACAUCAGGCGCUGGUUCUCAAUACAAAAUAACCAACUUGUGUACCAGAAGAAAUUUAAGGAUAAUCCCACGGUAGUUGUUGAAGACUUGCGGCUUUGCACGGUUAAACACUGUGAGGACAUAGAAAGGCGUUUCUGUUUUGAGGUGGUUUCUCCAACAAAAAGCUGCAUGCUUCAGGCUGAUUCAGAAAAGCUGCGACAGGCGUGGAUUAAGGCGGUUCAGACCAGUAUUGCUACAGCAUAUAGAGAGAAAGGAGAUGAAUCUGAGAAACAGGAAAAGAAAUCAUCCCCUUCUACUGGAAGCCUAGAAUCUGGCAGUGAGACAAAAGAAAAGUUGUUAAAGGGAGAAAGUGCUCUACAGCGAGUUCAGUGUAUUCCUGGUAAUGCUGCCUGCUGUGAUUGUGGUUUGGCAGAUCCUCGCUGGGCCAGUAUCAACCUCGGAAUCACGCUGUGCAUUGAGUGCUCUGGGAUACACAGGAGCUUGGGAGUGCACUUUUCAAAAGUAAGAUCUUUAACGCUGGAUUCAUGGGAACCUGAACUUCUAAAGCUUAUGUGUGAAUUGGGAAAUGAUGUUAUAAAUAGAAUAUAUGAAGCGAAGUUGGAAAAAGUGGGAGUAAAGAAGCCACAACCUGGAAGCCAAAGGCAGGAGAAGGAGGCAUACAUCAGAGCAAAAUAUGUGGAAAGAAAGUUUGUAGAGAAGCAGCCUGCAUCAGUAUCUCUGCUUGAGUCUGAAACAAAAGUUUUGCCUCAAAGUCACGAAGAGAAAAGGCACAGUGCCCCUGAAAAAACCCUUUCGGCAGGGGAACAAGUACAAAGCAGUGACAGUGGGAUCCAGCAGAGUGCUGAUGACAGCAGAGAACACCUUGCCUCUACUAUAUCAGCUAACAGUUUGUAUGAACCAGAAGGAGACAAGCAAGAGUCUUCUGUGUUCUAUGACUCCAAACAGCCUAGUCCAGGAUUGCAGCUGUAUCGAGCUGCCUUUGAGAAGAAUCUUCCUGAUAUGGCAGAAGCAUUGGCCCAUGGAGCUGAAGUAAACUGGGUCAACGUAGAGGAAAACAAAGCAACACCGCUCAUUCAGGCAGUGCGAGGGGGUUCGUUGGUUACUUGUGAAUUCUUGCUGCAGAAUGGGGCCAAUGUGAACAUCAGGGACAUGAAAGGAAGAGGACCCCUGCACCAUGCCACGGUUCUAGGACACACUGGACAAGUGUGUUUAUUCCUAAAACGAGGAGCAAACCAGCAUGCCACUGAUGAAGAUGGGAAAGAUCCAUUGAGUAUAGCAGUAGAAGCUGCAAAUGCAGAUAUUGUAACAUUGUUGCGUUUAGCAAGGAUGAAUGAAGAAAUGCGUGAAUCGGAAGGACUCUAUGGACAGCCAGGAGAUGAAAUUUAUCAGGACAUUUUUCGUGACUUUUCUCAAAUGGCAUCAAAUAAUCCAGAGAAGCUAAACCGUUUCCAGCAGUCCGAUUCCCGGAAGUCUUAAGUGUCAAGAAGGAAAAGAACCUGAUCCUUAUAGUGCAAGUCUUUUUUACUUUAACAGAAUGAAUUAUAUACAUUUUGUUAGAUAGUUUGGAUAAAAUGACCACUCUAAUGUAGCUUUAGAUUGUGGUAGCUGGGGAAAUGUAUGGGUUGUUUUAUGUUCUACAGUAUGUAUACCUCAGCAGCUGAAGAAAAUGUUUAAAAAAAGGAAUACCUGCUAGCUCAGUAUAAAAAUAGUACCCGUUAGCAAGUACGAAGUUUGUCUGUGGCUCGUACACAAAGUGAGCAGAGCGUAGCUGUAUGCGUUGCAGACUCUGGAUGGCAGGAUGAUCAGACCAGCUUUCCUCUUUGGUAUCCCCUACUGUCAUCAGUCUCCAUAUGGCCAUAAAAAAUGUGCCUCUGACAAGAAGGUCUGGGUUGCAUUUUCUGGGACUGUUUGGAAGGGAAAUCGGGUCAUGACUUACUGAGUUGUCCCUCUAUUUGCGGGCCUGUAACUUAACAGAUUCUCUUGUUCCUAUGCUGACUGUGGUUAGAGGUAAGCUGUUAAUAGCAAGACAUUGUAACUUCUGCUCUUUUGCAAGCUCUUUUUCAGUGGAAGCUUUAACACCAGGCUGGCCUUUAUGCUAGUGACUGCGGGUCAGUCACAACAGGUGUAUAUCCUGGAGGACCAAACUUCUAAGAGCAACCUAUUUUCCUUUUUUUUCCUCUUAAAUUAAACUUUCUAUGCAGCAAGUAUACUUUUAAGUGAGCAUGUGGAACCUUUCAUGAAAAAUAAACUUAAUCCUGCUGGACAUGAUGUGGGGUUUGUUUGCAGUAUUUGGACAUCAAAGCUUGAAAUUUGAGACAUGAAAGUAAGUAUUGAGCCAAUGGAGUUUGUGUAGAGCAGUCCUACGAAGGCUGUUUGUUACCUUCUCUUUUUGCUGUUCUCACUACUAGCCCUAAGCUGAAUAUAUAACAUCUCAUAUGUAAUGCAGCCACCCUAAAUUUAGGGCAACCAGUCCUUUAUAUCAGGAAGCAGCAUCCUUUAUAUAAUCUGCAAAGAUGUGUAUGUGUACGUGUUGUCUAAACUAAGGUGUGCACAAGAAAACCUGGGAAUUUCACUGCGCGCUUUUGCAAAGUAACAAAUGAGCGUGGUCUCCAGCUCUAUUCCGAGGGCAGCAACACAGUUUGCUUUAUUCAAUAGUGAGCUCCGCUCUGCUGACAUGCAUGUAUAAAGGGUGUCUGUAGGUAUACGCUUAUGUGUCAGGUUAUUUAAUACCUCGACAGUAAUCACCUGAAGCCCCAAACCAGCAGAUGCAACUUUUUAUGCUCUAUUUGUCUGCCCUAUGGACAACUUAAGGAGAAUUUUUAGGUAACAUAGUAUCAAUGUGAGUUUUUAACAAUCCUAAUAGCCAUGGCAUUAUGCUAACCUGCUGUUUAAAUGUAUUUAGGAAAUGAAUUGGCUUUUCUCCAAGCUGGCUAAGAUAGGCAAAAUUGGGUAAAGAAUUUCUGUAAACUAUGGUAAAAUUAAACUUCCUGGCAUAUUAAAUUUUAACAAGGUAUUUAAAAUAUUUAUAAUUUUGCAUUAAAUGUAUAAUAAUGCAUCAAAUCUGGAUGAUGAUUGCUGCAAAGUUAAUAGCAUUUUAGCAUUGUCCAAUAUAUUCUUUUUCCAAGCAGAAGAAUCUUACAAAACAGUUCUUGCUUUGUGUGUGGUCUAAUUAUGCUAGGAAAAGCAGAUUCUGCCCAUUUAAAGAGUGCAUUUAGUCUGAAUAAUAAGACACUUAGGAAUAUCACCUGUAAGCAGUAAUUCCUAGUGAGUUGUUUUUUAAAUAGCUGUCUAUGAAAUGAUAAUAUACUUCCUAAUCUGCAGUAUUUAAUAGCAGUGGAUGUUUUAGUAGAUCUUAGAGAAAGUAAAAUUCCCGGUGUACAGAUGGGACAAUGCAAGAUAUAACUAUGUAUAGUAUACACUUUAAACAUAGGUUUUUAUAAAGAUUUGUCUUUUGCAGCCUACAUGACAGGCGGCGGUAUAUAGUGUGAUUGGCUGUAAUGUAAAGCUGCCUGAAGCUUAAUGGCGUAAUCGCUAUCUCAGUCCAUGCUGCUGGAAGAGUGUCAGAGACACUUACUUCAAAUCUCCACUGGUAUUUUCCUUCCUAGCCAUAAAAAUCUCCUUGACAAAUUUUGCAGGACAACUUCCUGUAGACAAAAAGUUUCUUCCCUCCAGCUCUGCAGAUCCACGUGCUGCAUUUCCGACUCUCAUCUGUCUGGGGAGCAGUAUCAGUCUAUUUAUGCUAAAGGUCUAAUAACAUACGUGAUCCAUAGGUUCCAUUACUCUUGUCAGGAGCUUUGGAGUUUUAAUGGUUCGGGGAGCAGGUGUGUCACUUCUGAUCCUGUAGCCUCGUUCUCCAAUCCUUUUAGGUAUGCUAGGAUGUCCGGCAUAAACUGCAUUCAGUUAAAGCUUUUUUUUUUCAGGUCAGGUGCAAUACAUGUGUUAGGAUGUUGCUCAUCAGCAAAAAUGAAUAUGCCAUUAAGUUGCAUGAAAUGUGUCGAGGGCUUAGUCCUACCAAACACUGGCAGGCUCGGUGCUCCGGGGCCUCUAACUUUUAGGGUUCAGCCCUCAGUAAUACAAAGUAUGGUAAUCUCUAGUACUCUGAAGAUCGGGAUUUCCAUAUUGAGUUCUGACUCAAGUGCUAAUCUUCUGCUCAGUAAUAGUGGGAGACUUCCAUUUUUAUUACAAUAUGAAUCUGAGUAUAACUAGAGUAAUAGACAGUAAGGCUCCAUUGUGGGUUAACAUCUUGUACUCUGUACCAGAUAAUGGAAAGCUUCGAUUCCGGUUCAUGUUUCUCUGUAGGCAUGAAGUGUAAUAGUCUUAGUCGGUGAGGGACAAAGCAGGAGAUUCCUAACACAGUUUAAAAUCAGCUUUCGGAUAGAUUUUUAGUAAUUUACUAGAUAGCCCAUUGAAAGAUUUUAUACUAUUUUUCUUAGCCAGAGUUAGAUCAUGUUCCAAAGGUCUCUUGGAAAGACAAAUGUCAAGGAGCUCAACAUGUAUUCUAAUGCAUCUUGAUUUCAGAGGUAUAAUUUACUUAUGUUGCACGUUGAUUAAAAUGGUGUCUGUGGUGUCUCCUCAGUGGUCUGUAUUGUUUUGAUUGUUCAUAAGGUUUCAUAUUUUAUGUUAAUGUCAGUACAGUGCAGAUAAACUUAAAUUUCUGAAUUAUCAUACUGAAUCAUGCCACUGAAUUAUAUUAGACAUGCUGGAAUUUGUUCCCAUAAAUUUGGGUGAAGGCGAUAGAUGGCAGAAGUCUUGCUUUGCUUUCGCAAGCUGCACAUAUUGCAGUCUGAAUGCGUGUUUCAGUUGUUCGUUAGUACGUUGUAGACUUCAGCCUCCUUACCAGUUAGGACCUAAUCCAAGAAGUCACUGAAAUCGGUAGCAGUCUUCCCGCUGAUUGCAGCAGCUUUGGAUUGUACCUUUCGUGGCUUCUAAUGUUGGUGCGCUAAAGGAUCCUGUAUUAAUACUGCAUUUUUCACUCUGGGGGUUUUUACAUUUUACCUGGUUAUAUACUGAGCUGAAAUAGUUUUAGAAAAUGCAACCAGACCUUCCAACUGCUGUCAGCAAAUCCCCAUACAAGAGGAAGUUUCUCCUGUUUUGCAGUAUGACAUCAGUACACACGUUGCCCAAAUUAUUAGAGUUCUCCUCGAUAGAGCAAAAACUUUGUAGCACUGAAGAAAAAAGGUGAGAACUGGAAUAAGCAUAGGGUUGGCUGUGAUGUUUCCAGGACUUCGGUGCUUCUCUGCAGCCAUCCGUUUUAAAGUACGGAUGUUAACUUGCGUUUUGAUCAUGAGAAUCUCAAAUGACACAGUGAAUAUAAAAGGACCAUUUGAUAGAAUUACAAGUAACAUGUAAGUACUAAAGACGUAGUAUUUUUACACUGUCAAAAGGACUGAGCUGAUUAUUUAAUACAUUGAAAAGUAUUUUGAGAGUCAGUUCUGCAAACUACCGCCUCUGCCCAUUCACAGAUGGACACUUUUUCCCGAGUUAGAGUUUACGCCACUUGUUUGUGCACCCUGAUAGCCAAAAUGUCUUGCUGUCUUGCUUCCACAAAAGCACGUUUUCAGAACAGGGAGAACUCCAGAAAGGCAGUGCUGGGGAAAAGGAUGGAUGUACCACUUUGGUAUAUCCCCUUUCGUACGCUUGCUUUAUCUUUCUGCACACAGUAUUUUCUUGUUUCUCUUCCCAUGGAAGGAGAUGAUAGAGGAGGAAAGAAAUCCCACUCGCUUUUCUGUUAGGAUCCCAGAUUUUCCGUGUUUUGAUAGAAAUCACUGAGAAAUCAUUGUUUCCUCAAGCAGGGAGGUUACUCUGUCUGAAAUAAUGAACUUUUUUUUUUUUCAUUAUCCACGUGUCCCUCUGUAUUUGGUGUUUUUUAAGCAUUCCAGCGGUAAAAUGCUCGCGUUCUCCUGUGAACUCUUCCCCCCCCUUAAGGCGUAACUGUAAAGACUAUAUAACCAGCCCUAGUUCGCAUUUAGUAAGGCUGUAGACUUUGUAUCUAAAACUUGAAUGUAGUUUUCUGUAGUUUGUCAUUGUAAAUGAGAGAAGCGCGUUAUUACCUUUGUAGUUAAUCGACUGUACAUGCUGUAAGGACUGUAAAUACUGGACUUGAUUAAACCUUUGUAUGCUGU